UGAAUUUAAUCGCAUAUUCUAAAGCUCUAUUCAUACUUCCAUUUAUUUUUACUAUCGAUUCGGAUUGAAUGGCCGAAUUCAGAAAGUUAGAAUUGUAAAACUAGAAAAUAAAAGAAUGGCUUUGACGAAUUACUCCAAAAUGUUACCGCGAAUUGCCGGACUGAAUUUAUCGCGGACAAUUCAGGUUCCACUUUAUGGAGCGAUUCGCAGUAAAUAUUAUUUCGUUAAUAAGGAGGAAUCAAUGGAAUGGAAGGAUAUUAGAGAGAGGGCUAUUACGAGAAUGUUCUUCGGUGAACUUGUACGGGGUGUUGGAGUUGCUUUGUCACACUUUUUCCGUGAACCAGCUACAAUAAAUUAUCCCUUUGAGAAAGGACCAUUGAGCCCUCGAUUUAGAGGCGAACACGCUCUUCGAAGAUACCCCUCGGGCGAGGAAAGAUGUAUUGCUUGUAAAUUGUGCGAAGCAAUUUGUCCCGCGCAGGCAAUCACAAUCGAGGCAGAAGAAAGAGCCGAUGGAUCGAGAAGAACGACGAGAUACGAUAUUGAUAUGUCGAAAUGCAUCUAUUGCGGAUUUUGUCAGGAGGCCUGUCCUGUGGACGCAAUCGUCGAAGGUCCAAACUUUGAGUUCUCAACGGAAACGCACGAGGAAAUGCUGUACAAUAAAGAAAAAUUGUUAAACAAUGGUGAUAAAUGGGAAUCGGAAAUCGCUAAUAAUAUUCAAGCAGAUCACUUGUAUCGUUAGUCGGCAUUCUCUCCGAAAAUGUUAUUUGUACUAUACACGAAAAAAAAAAUUAGUAAAUUUCCUUAUAAUAAAUAAGUUAUGUUAAAUUUAGAAAAAAAUAUAUUUACCAAAAAACAAAUAAAAUUGUAGAAUAUUAUUUAAUUUUAAAAA